GCCGCCGCCCCGGCCGCCGCCCUCGCGCCCCUGCACAGCUGGCUUCUCGAGGCGCGCGGGCAGCAGCACCUGGCCCCCGCGCUCGCCGCCUUCCUGGACUUCCGGGGCGGCCGCGCGGACGCCGGCAGCCUGGCGAUGCACCUGCAGGACAUCUGCUCGCACUUCCUCGCCGGCGUCUCCCUCGCCCGCAUGCUCGCCAGCGGGCUGCCGGGCGACGGCGCCGCCGUGCGGUCGGCGCUGGGGAAGGAUAUCAAGCCCGCACGUGCGUGGGGCACGCCCACAGGCUCCCCGGCGCGGCUGCAGCAGCGGCGGUGCCGCGCCGACGCCGGGCCGGCCCCCGGCCGCCCGCCGGGCGGCCGGGGCGCCAGCCUCAGUCCAGCACCCUCGGAGCCGCUGCCGCGGCAGCGGAGCAGCGUGUCCGCGCUGCCAUCGGUGCGCGGCCUGAGGGCCGCUCGGCCCAAGGCUGGCCCGCUGCUCAGGGCGUCGUAG